GCAGGCGCAGAGCCGCCCCGGCCUCAGCCGCAGCCCCGGCGGCCAGCAUGGAGGAGGCCCUGAGGCGGGAGCUGGGCACCCGCGUCCUCCGGCCGACGGGCCACUCGGGAGGCGGCUGCAUCAGCCAGGGCCAGAGCUACGACACGGACCGCGGCAGGGUGUAUGUGAAGAGCAACUCCAAGGCGGAGGCCAGAAGAAUGUUUGAGGGAGAAAUGGCAAGUUUGGAAGCCAUCUUGAAAACACAGACAGUGAAAGUGCCUAAACCCAUCAAAGUUAUAGACUUGCCUGGGGGUAAUACUCUGUUUGUGAUGGAACAUUUGGAAAUGAGAGGCUUAAACAGGCAUGCAGCAAAACUUGGGACACAACUGGCUGAUCUCCACCUUCAUAACCAGCAAAUUGGAGAGAAGCUGAAGAAAGAGGGAAACACAGUUGGUAAAGGUCAAGGGCAAAUGGAAGUCCAGUUUGUGGAUCAAUUUGGCUUUCAUACAGUUACCUGCUGUGGCUAUCUUCCACAGGUAAAUGAAUGGCAGAGUGACUGGGUGACUUUCUUUGCCAAGCAAAGGAUCCAGCCCCAGAUGGACAUGAUCGAGAAGAAUUCAGGAGACAGGGAAGCAAGAGAACUUUGGGCACAACUUCAGCUGAAGAUACCCAGUUUGUUCUGUGAUGUAGAAAUUGUUCCUGCUCUCCUGCAUGGAGAUCUCUGGGGAGGAAAUGUCGCCGAGGAUGAUUCUGGUCCAAUUAUCUUUGAUCCGGCUUCUUUCUACGGCCAUUCAGAGUAUGAGCUUGCAAUAGCUGGGAUGUUUGGUGGCUUCAGCAGUUCGUUUUACUCUGCUUAUCACAGUAAAAUUCCUAAAGCUGCAGGAUUUGAGAAGCGCCUAAAGCUUUAUCAGCUUUUUCACUACAUGAACCAUUGGAACCAUUUUGGUACAGGGUACAGAGGGUCUUCUCUAAACAUUAUGAGAAAGCUUGUAAAGUGACUUGCUGCUUAGCAGAAUGCUUCCUAUGUUGAUUGGUGAACCCCAUACUUGACAGUGCAACUACAGGAGUAGUAAUGUUAGAAGAAGCUACUAGACCCUUGAUCUUGUUGCAUAGCUAAAGACCUAGAAUCAGUGAAUCCUGCUGAAUACCGAAUGUAACAUAGUCAUCCCUUUUUAGGACAGUUGGAAAUAACUUCAUGGGGGAAGUAGCUAAGGAAGGGGCUUAUUCAAUUUGCACAAAAGAUCUGUCAGUGUCAAGAAAGCAUUGGAUGCUUGAGACUAGGCAAGACAAUACAAAUCAAGCACUCAAAUGUAAAUGUUUUGAAAGAAGUUCUCUCCUAGGGACCAGUUGUGCUUCAGAGUAGAGAAAUACCAGAGUUUGCAUUUACACAGGAAUGGAAAAUAUUAGAGAAGUGUUUGUGAAAUAGAAAGUUGUUUUUCUCUGUUACUGAGGAGGUAGCCAGAGAAGUUGCUCCUUGCUUUUUACUGUCUCCCCUCACCCUUUCUGAUAGGUUGCUCAGACUCUUUCAGCUCUUCACAUCCAGUUAUGUGCAUGAGAACAACGUUAACAAUAUUUUGAGAGUCAACAAGAAAAUGAAAGAAUAGGAACUGAGAAAUGCUUUGGACUUGCUAUUCGUGUUGCUGAGAUGAUACUAUCGGAUGGGGACUGCUUUGCUGUUCUCUUACAAAGCUGUGUGAAAAUGCGUAUAAUUUGUCUCUGCCGUGCAUUUUGAUGCCCCGUGGCAUUCUGUAGGCAGUUCUGUGCUUACCAGUCAGUGGGCUCUUAUCCACAGAGGUUUUGUUUUCACCAGAACUAGCACACUCUUCUUUUUUGAGUUAUGCUUCAUCUGAUACUGUGCAUUCUUAAAGAUCUUUUCAGAUAAGACACUUUAUGUGUGAAAACGUGCUCUGUCACUAAUACAAGCAGCUGGCUGUACUUUUUGACUGUUGUCCACAGAGUGAUGGAAUCUCGUUGUGUUAACAGACUUCAUAUACAUUUUCUGUAGUUUGGACUACAGGACCCAUAAGCCAACUUCUAUUCUUCAUUCCCCAGUAAGUGCACUUUGUAGCUCUUGGGAUAAGAGUGGUGAAACCAAAGGAGGUUAACAUGUAACUCACAGAACAGCAGCUCUACAGCACUGCCAGAAGUUCUUUAAGGAUAGCUUUGCAGCCUAGCUGUUUCUUACACCUGCCAGGUGGUAAUAGUGAAAUUGGACUGUUUUUCAUAUGGGCUGGUGAUGGUGUUUUGGUGCAAGUGUACCAGGUAGUUGAGAGAGAUGCAUGAUUCCAAACAUGUGUUUUGAGUGUUUGGGAGUGGCUUCAAUUGAAAAUGUUUUUCACUGUUAUUGAGGGGUUUUAGUUUGGCAAUUAUUUAUACAAAUUGGAAGCAAGUUGUGAGAAAACUACCACUUGCUACAGCUGUCUCUCCACUCUUCUCACUGGCUGUUUGACCUCUGCUACAAAAAGUUUUAAAACCUUGCUUGGUUGAAUAGGAUUUACCUUGUUGUUUGAAUAAAAAGUUUCCUUGUUGAUUA